AUGGAAAGAAAAAGUAACCAAAAUGAUUCUUCUUCCUCAUUUGUUUCUGAACUCUUUGGCACCAAAGAGACACACUCAUCUUCUUCUUCUGGAGUUUUUGGCUCCAUAUUAUCAUCUCCCUCCCCUAAUGAAGUGAGGAACAAAGCUAUCAAGGAGAAAUGGGACUCUAUACUAGGAACACCUGAUGUCAUUUUCAAGGCUUGUGGUGGUGGAUCUCAGAAAAUACAAACUACAGAUAAGAGUUCCAUAUAUCAAGAUCAAAGAACUGAGCCAUGCAAUCUCAGCUCAUCAUUAUCUUAUGGUGGCCAAGAUAUUAUUCAUUACGCUCAAAGUACUCAAAAUUAUGGGAAAAACUUAUUGCCCAAAAGUGUUGCAGAAGAAGAUGAUAUGAGAAUUGCUUCAAGAGGAGAUUGGUGGAAAGGGAGUUUCUAUUAUUAA